AUGCUACAAGAAAAACUAACAGACCUGCCCCAAUCCAGGAAAAACCCCAAUACAGACAGACCAGUCCCAAUCAGAGCAGACCAGACAGACCAGCUCCAAUCCAGGACAACAUUAGUCAGCACAUCCACAACAAACUGUUCACAUCCAGCCCAGUCCAUGAGCACAGCUUUGUCCCUGCUUACUAGUACAGACAGGGUAACACACUUCAGCAAGCAACAGCUUGAGGCAUGGACACAGCAGUACUCCCCUUGGCUAUACUUGAAUGGAAAUAACGUAGGAUGCACAUUCUGCAAAUAUGCCAAGCGCCUUUUUGGAGUCCAAAAGGGAGGACAGGUGGCAGAGGAGUGGGCUUCUGGAGAGGUCACAGCAAAAGAUGUCAGGGCCAUGAGAAAGAAAAUCUACAAACACAGAGACAGCUUAACUCACAAGGCAUCAACAGAUAUUCAACAGCAGAAAGAGAAAGAGGUGUUGCCCACCUUGACAGAAACCUUGAAUGCUAAAGUUGAGAAGUUAGCCUUCUCAAAAAUGUAUGGAUUGGUUGAGUUACAAGAAAUGAAUGGAGUAAAAAACGUCUCUUGUCACAAAUCUGAUCACUCUUGCAUUAAUAUAAUAACACACAUUGCCAAUAAAAUGAGGAAGAAAAUUGUCUCAACAAUUAAAAGUGCUGGUUCUUGGAUCUGUCUUACAGUAGAUGAAAGCACUGCAUUUGGGAGAAGCUACCUCAUCCUAUACCUCAGAGGAGAUGUGACAGGGGAAGGUGAGACAGAAAACAUUUUUUUGGAUUUGAUUGAGCUGGAGGAAGGAACAACUGCUGAUGCCAUUUACAAAGCUCUCAAAAAGAGUCUCCAGGAAGCUGACCUGGAUGAUGCAUACCUCAAGUCUCAUCUGAUUUGCAUUACAACCGAUGGGGCAUCUGUGAUGACUGGAAGACAGAGUGGUCUUGUCACAAGGCUGAAAAAAGACUAUCCUUUGCUGGAGAGUAUCCACUGUCUUGCUCACAGGCUUGAGUUAUCAGUAAGUGAUGCACUAAAGUCAGUCACAGGUUGCAAUCACUUUGAGAUAUUUAUUUCAAAGCUGUAUACACUGUACCAUCAAUCCCCAAAGAAUGCCAGAUAACUUUCAGAAGCAGCUUCUCAAGUUAACAUCUGCCUACUUAAGAUUGGUCACAUUUUUACCAUCCGCUGGGUAGCAAGUAGUUUUGUGACUUUACAAGCUGUUUGGAGAGACUUCCCUGCUCUGGUUGCACAAAUGAAAAAAGGAGCUGAAGAUGGAUCUCGCUCUGAUAUAGAAAGAAAAAAAUUCAGUGGCCUUCUGAAUGGCCUCACAUGCACUGGCUUUGUUAAUGACCUGGCAACCAUUAAAGAUGUGCUACGUGAACUUCACAGUCUGUCCCUAAAA